AUGAAACUUAUUUCAACGGUCACGCCCUUCCCGGUAGCCCCGGUAGCAUGGACAGAUGGACGAUAUGCCCAAGCCUUGCUAACCGCUCAAUACGAAGUACCUCAGCCCAUGAUAAAUGAGGUCUUGGCGCACUGUCCCUCGAAGCUCAUUUCGUAUCUCCCGAACAGACCGUGCAACGAGUUCGUCCUGAGGUGUUUGGAAAUCAUUAUUGACUGCUGCCAGGAGCCCCAAAAAAUCCGGUUCGUUUCUCGACGAAGAGCCUUCACUCCCACGCUGCGCGGAUUCUUGGCCUUUUCGAUUGCUGGUGAUCUAUCACCUGCGGAAGCCUUUGUCAACAUCACAUCGUGUUGCAAUAUCGGGAUCCCCGGCCAAAGUCCAACUAUGCUUCGUGACUCGACGCACCAACAGGCACCAACAAUAUGCCGAGAGGGCACUAGCACUUGCGACCAAACGGCCUACCGUAGGAGCAUGAAUUCUGUCUCCGCAAGAUACCGAACCCGUGCCUUGUCCGCGAGUUUCUACCAGGCUUGGCAACCGUCUUUCCCAGCCAGCCGAGCCGCGCGAUCGACACGGGGCGAGACUCGUGGGCCGGGAGGACGGCGCGAUGCUAUUCCAAGGCAGGACGGUUUGCUAUGCUGGUCUAGGAAGGUUCAACGACGGGGCUACGGCAUCAUUGCUAGCCACGGACGCUCCGUGUUGACGAAGCUUGCGAAGCUCGUGGAGCUUGAUGAGGCCACUUUGGUCACCUAUUUGUGGCGCCUCUAUUUUCUUUGUCAAGGAAAAGAUUCAAAGAAGUCAACCAUUACAAGGCCGCCUCUAGGAACUGAUUCAUCAACAAAACCACCCUCGUCCAGUGUCGUACGGAAGUUUCAAAUUCAUCAGGCGAAUCUUCCCAAAAACCAGAUCGGUCAACUUUUCCCAGUUUCGGUGCCAUUGGACGUACCGUACCCGCCAACCUUUGGCUCGGAUCAUGAAGCAGUAGCCGGAGCUCAAACACGUUGCAGGUAUCCUAUGGAACACAAUGGCUUCUGUCGAAUUAUUAUGAAGCCAGCUUCCAGCGCAAGUCCAACACCAGAAUUCCCUCCUCCCAUCCCCGGCCAUGACGGAUCGGAUGCGGAGAUAUUAUGGGGCCGUAUUCUGCAUACAAAUCGGAGCCUUCGGAUCUUGCCCCCUUUUUUCCCGGGACCCGAGUCCGAGCAUCGAGAUCAACAAUAUUGGACCGCCGCAAUUUCGCGCUUGCCAGUCAGCCGGAGCGGUCAAGAGGCCCUUCGGCUAUGCAAAGCAAAGUCAAGGCCGACGAGCCCAGCCAAGACUUGCGAAGUGCCGCAUUCCCAUCGGGUGAGGAAGCGUUCCUUCCAACAACUGAGGUGGAUGACACACUUCCAAAAUGCUGAGUUCCCACGCAAGAUGCAGGGGCAUCCACACCCGUCCAACAUCUGUGGGAGGAAAGCGUGUGUGUGUACGGAUGCCUACUCGCCUUCGCAAGGGAUGGAUGGGACGGGAGGCGAGUGCUCCCUCCCGCCUCUGCACACCUUUGAUGUUAUAGGAUUGCAAAACAUGACAGCAGAACACGAAAGCCAAAACAAUGCCUUUUGCUCCCGCGUCAUCCGACCUUUCAAUGCGACGCAAGAGCUCUCAACGUUGAGGUUGUCCCUGCAGGUGGAGACAAUUGAGAGAACGCUAUCAGGGUACAGGGAAGGUUCGCCGCCCCCCCUUCAUCCAAAUUGUCCGAUGAUUUUCAGGUUUAUCUUUGACGGAUAG